CGGGCCAAAAAGAAAGGAAAGGGGCGGAAAGGGGGAAAAUAAACCAAAAAACACAGUGAGGAAAAGGAGGACACAGCUAUUGCCUGCUCUAUGUUGAGACAUCAAACUCCUCAAAUCUUGACAUUUGAAUCGGCUUCCGGCGGCGAUCGGAAGAGGGGAUUGAGUUUCUGACUUCGACUCGCGCAAUUGUUGCACCGUUCGUGUUUUUAUAUUUGUGCUUGUACGUUGUAUAGAUGAUCAAGUGGGUUCAAUGAGGGUUUGUGAAUGCGUUGGAUUGGGCGGGUUUCGGAACAAUUGGUUUCUGGGGUUUUAUGGGAUUUUGAAGUGUUUUCUUGGGUCGACGAGGUUUUUGUGGUUGGAGUGAUUAUGUUGGACUUUAGGGAAGGUGGUGUUUAGGGUAGGGUUAGGGUUUUUGGGGAUAGAGGUAGGGUUAGGGUUAGGGUUAGGGUUACGUUUGAGUUGGAUAUGGUUGAUAUGGAAGACACUGAACUUGAAGAAGGCGAGGCUUGCUAUUACAAGGACGACACAAGCAUUGACCCUGAUAUAGCCUUCUCUUACAUUGAUAAGAAAGUUCAGAGCGUGUUGGGCCAUUUUCAGAAAGACUUUGAAGGUGGGGUUUCUGCAGAAAAUCUGGGGGCAAAAUUUGGUGGGUAUGGUUCAUUUUUACCCACUUAUCAGCGGUCUCCUCCAGUUUGGUCUCAGCCAAAGACUUCACAGAAUGUUCAGGGUUCCAGCUCACCAAGAUCUCUUAAUGUUGCAUCAGUGGAGGGUACCCAGAAUUCUACGGUUCUCUCAGAUGCAGCCCGAUCUCUUAGGUCUGGAACUGGUUCCCACAGCUUGCAGUCAUUGCAUACUGCAAAGUUCCCAUUAGGAGAUGUCUCAGCCAAACAAUAUUCAUGCUUGCCUGCUCCUCAAGUUAUUGAAAGUUACCCCCCAAAACAUGAAUCUGUUUCAAACAAACUUGUUAAUUCCACUGACCAGAGAACACUGAAGGUUCGAAUAAAAGUAGGUUCUGAUAUAGCAAGGAAAAAUGCUGCAAUUUAUAGUGGCCUUGGGCUUAUUUCACCGUCUUCUUCAACGGGGAACAGUCCGGAGGAGAGUGGUGAAAUGCCAUCUGAUUGCAAAGAGACCCCAAAUGAAUCUCCAGGCCACAUACUAGAGAUCAUGGCAUCUUUUCCAGUCCCUGGCAACUUGCUUCUGUCACCUCUCCACGAGAGUUUACUUUACUUGUCAAGUAAAGUGAAGCAUCUACAAAGCAAUAAGUUCAUGCCUCUCAUCAAGUGUGAUCAGGAGCAUUCUGCUGCAUUAGCAGAUGAUUCAACCUUUUUAAAUGGGGGCAGUAAAGUGACAAAAGAGAAGAAAAAGAAAGCAGUGGAGAAGAAUGAGAAUUGGGUAGCAUUAAAGCGAGAAAUUGAUAAGAAUUCAGAUGCUAACAGAACUACUCCCGUGAAGCAAGAAGUUAUUAUUGAAGCGAGAAAUAUGGAAAAUGAGGCUCAGGACCGGAAAUCAUGUUUUUCAUAUGACAUAAAAGUCAACUCUUUGUCUGGUUCACUAUGCAACGCUGUGAAUGGUGUGAAUGGCGUUGUGGCACCUGGAGUUCUUACAGAAGCUGACAGAAACAUAUCAGUGAAGAAGAGUCAGGUCACUAAGAAUGGGAUGGAGGACAGGUUAUCCACUGGCUUAGGUAAGGCGGAAUCUUUGGAGUCAAUAUCUGAUCAAGAAGGCAGUAAGGAAGAAAAGAUGGAAGCCAGGAGUAGUUUGGCGGAGAAGGUUUGUGUCAGCAGAUUAGGGAAUUCACAUAGGAAUGUUUCAGCUGAUCAAGGGGAAGUUGGCCAAAGGAUAAGUAACAAAGUAUCUGCUCCAUAUAAAGCUGAGAUUCAUGUUUCUAAGUGCAUAAAGCAUCCUGAUAUUGGGACAAUGGAUCAUUCUAGUCAGAAAGUUGGUCAGACAUCUACAUACUUGGAACAGGAUGACCUUAAAAUGCCUCAUGGCUUGGGAAAGCCUUCAUUUAAGGGCAGAACUAAAUCAAAGGGAGGCAAAAGGAAUGGUAAGCCGGCUUCUGAAACCGAGGAAAGCUUAAUGGCUGGAGCACAUGAAGUGCCAAAAGAAAAGAAGAAAGCUAGUAAAAUGCAGAAAUCAAAGUCACAGAGUGACGUCCAAAAGGUCCAUGAUAAACAUAAAGGUAUAGUCUCUGAAACAAAAGUAGAACAGGUGAAGAAUCAAAUAGGAUCAUUGGAUAGGCCUCUCGGAGAUAGGGUCAAGGACUCUCGUUUUCUGGCUGUUGAGAAAGAACAGCGUACAUCCUUGGAUAAAUCAAAGGAGAUGUCUGCUCGCAGAAAAAUUGAUCCUAAAUUGGCAUCUGAAACUUUAUUCAAAGACACUGCAAAUGAUGAUUUCCCUUCUGCCAAAGGAGUUUCUUCUGAGAUAGAACCGACUCCAGUUGCUCCAAUGCUUAUAGAAGAAAACUGGGUCUGUUGUGAUCGUUGUCAAAAGUGGCGCCUUCUACCUUAUGGUACAAAGCCAGAGCAACUACCAGAGAAAUGGUUAUGUAGCAUGCUUAGCUGGCUGCCUGGAAUGAACAGCUGCGAUGUCAGUGAGGAAGAGACAGAAAAAGCACUCCGUGCAUUAUACCAACCUCCACUGCCUGAGAGUCAAAAUCAAAAUAAUCUUCAAAAUCAUGUUGGAACAGCAGUUGGAGCAUUUUCAGCUGAUGCUAGGCAUUUUGAGCAGAUCCACCUGAAUCUCAGUUCUGAUGGCAUACCUAAUCCACCAAAGAAAAAUCUGGGAUCAAAAGGAUUGUCUUAUGUAGCAGGUAAUGGUGGCUCAGUUCAGAUUUCAAGAUCCAACAAAAGUCUCCGGCAGGAGGUGGUGAAAAAAAGAAGCUUAAAUAGCAUGAACCAGCCUACUGUUGGGUCAAAUUUGACAAGCAACUCAAGUGUUCAUCAUUUGGGAAAGUUUCGUGACUCCCCUAUGGAAAGAAAUACUCAUGAACAAAAAGAGAAGCAUGUUCACAGUGGUGAUGUUAAGCAAAAGAAGCUGAAAAGCAGGAGAGAAGCAGGCCAGCAUGAGUAUGAGACUGUGAAGAAAAUUAAGGCUGAUGUUGGAUUUGAUACAGAUGAUUACUGGGUUACAGAACAGAAUCUGAACAUUGAUAGGAUAGGUCGUGGUUCCAGGGAUUGUUUCCGAACUAAGGCAGCUGAUAAGAGAACAGAGAAACAAGAACAUAACCCCAAGGGGGGAAAGUCUGACCAGAAGGGAAAGGUUCAAAUUUUAAAGAAGCGGGGUGAACGUGCAUCAGUAUCACCGCAUACUGUGUCCUUGAAUGCAAAACCGUAUGAUGAACGAAGCUUAACUCUAAAGAAGAGGAAAUUGAAGGAUCAUCAGGAAAAUCAGAAUUUUUUUGAGAUAUCAAGAGAUAAUGGGAAUCAUCUCUCUGGUAGCAUGGUCUUCAUAAAGGAUUCCAGUGGUAGUGAACUCAGGAAGGCAAAGAAACCUAAGGUGUCUAGGACAGAGGGGAAGGAGUCCAGUGCAAGUAAGGGUGAGGAUGGACUAAACAAAAAAAAUAAGAUGACCAGAAUCCUUUUGUCAGGUACUAGAGAAAAUACAAUUCAUGCCAGGGAAGAAGUCAGGACAGCUGGGAAGAAUCGGGAGCCAAGGAAACUCAAAACUGAGGUUGCGUCUAAACCAGCCUCUGAUGACAGAGAUUCAUUGAAAAGGGAUUUGGGAUCUGAGCAAUUUUCAAGGCCAGCCACUUCAAGCUCUUCAAAGGUUUCAGAUUCCCGUAAAAGUAGGGGCAACUUCCAAGAAGUGAAAGGCUCACCGGUAGAAUCAGUUUCCUCAUCUCCCAUGCGGACUUCCAAUUUAGAAAAGCUUUCACCUGCAAGAAGGGAUGCUCUAGAGAAAGAUGCUGUGAGGAAUCAUGAUUUUCCUGUGAUGGAUAGCCCUAGAAAAUCCUUUGAUGGAGAAGGUAAUGGAAAGAGCAAUAUGUGUCAAACAGUAAAGAGGGGAAAUGGGUCUGCUGUCUCUCAUUCAGAGUCUCUUGGAUUUCCUGUGCUAGAUUUUCGGGAUAAUAAUGCCAGUCAAAAGUUUGGUACCAGAUCUAAAUCAAGCCUUUUGGUUAAUAGUGAUGUGGAUAAUUUGCAGAGCUCAUUCCCAGGCAAUCUGCAUGCUUCAGACCAUCAUGAAAAUAUGGAUCGGGCGAAUAAAAAUUAUUAUCAUGAUAGUCCUAUGUCUUCAGGGAAAUCUCGCAAGGGUUCCUCUCUGCUGUCUAAGGAAAAGGACAGAAUCUCUGGUAAAUUUGAAAGAGUUAAGGUGAAGUUAUCUGAUCUGGGUAGUGAGAAGGAAUUGAAUCCAAAUCAGAGCCUGAGGGAUGAAACAGAAAGUGGCCCAUGCCGUAUUGCAUCAUUCCAUGAAGAAUCAAGUGAUUUAAAAUUUAGGCUUAAACCUAUCAAGGAUGAUAAGAGUAUUAGUAGCCGGGAUUUUGUAAAAUGGGAAAGUGAUGGUGGAAGAGAAGAUCAAGUGAAAUUCAAGAAUGACGUUUCAGCUGUGAAAAUGGGUGCUGCAAAGAAAACUCAUCCCACCCAAGUUGAGUUAAGGAGUGAAUAUUCUCAAGUAUUCCCAUGUCAUGUAGGUAAACAAGACUCAUCAGCUAAUGCUCCCCAUUCAGUACCUGGAUCACAGAAAGGAAGUGGUUUUGAUGUGAUUCCAGUUGAUUCUUCUUCUAAAGGUGACUCGUCGAAGUUGUUAAAACAACCUACAACUUUGGUUAACCACCUGGGACAUCCUGUGCGGAAUCAGCGUGUGUUCAAGGAUGCCCAAAGUCCUCUGAGAAGGGAUGCCUGCAGUCAUGUUGCUAGUAAUGUCUUGAAAGAAGCUGAAGAACUGAGAGACUGGGCUGAUCGCCUUAAGGAAUCUGGGUUUGGAAUUGAAUGUUGUGAGGCAUACUUUCAAGCUGCCUUGAAGUUUCUUCAUGGUGCUUCACUUUUAGAAACCUGCAGUGGUGAUAACAGUAAACAUGGGGAGAUGUCUCAAGUGCAAAUAUAUAGUACCACUGCCAAGCUUUGUGAAAUGUGUGCCCAUGAAUACGAGAAACGCCAUGAAAUGGCUGCUGCUGCUUUGGCCUAUAAGUGCAUGGAGGUGACAUACAUGAGGGUGGUUUUCUGCAAAAGCUCCAGCACUAAUAGAGAUCGACAUGAUUUGCAAGCAAGUUUACUAAUGAUUCCUCAAGGUGAAUCUCCAUCAUCUUCUGCAUCAGAUGUUGAUAACUUGAACAAUCAAGCAAUGGCUGAUAAGGUUGCUCUUUCCAAAGGCACUGGUUCUCACAACCGUCCCAACUUUGUUCGACUGCUUGAUUUUACAAAGGAUGUAAGUUCUGCAAUGGAGGCCUCUAGGAAAUCCCAUAAUGCUUUUACAGCUGCUAAUGUAAUCCUGGAAGAGGCUCAAAACAAGGAGGCUAUUAUUUGUGUCAAGAGGGUUAUUGAUUUCAGCUUUCAAGAUGUUGACGAACUAGUCCGUUUGGUCCGGCUUGCAAUUGAGGCCAUCAACCGCCAAGCGGGAAGCUACUUUGGUAUGCAAAAUGAUCCAGAUAUGAGAUAUGGGACACAAAUUUGUCAGAUAUUGCAAUUUCUGGUUAUUCCAGUAAAUCUCUGUUUCUUUGGCUUGAUACCGUGGAUUUCCUUGAUGUGGGAUAGGUGAGGAGAAGCUUAAUGAGCCAUGUUACAGACUUACAGUAAAGAGGGGAUGCAUGUGUAGUGGAAUGUACUAUAAAUCAAUUUCAAGGCUGUAUCUGCACAUAAAGAAACUUCUGCCACUCAAGCUGGUCCAGCGUGCAAUGCUUACAGAUCAACAGGUAAUUUUCUUUUAGGCAGUAAGGUCGUAUCAUAUUGCAUCCAAAAGGCAUGUUUUUCCUUGGGGCAAGGAUGGGAGUGGCUGGAAGAGAGGGCUUUUGCCAACUGCUUCAACUCCUGUCCACAGGUAAUUUUGUUGAACAUGGAAGAAGUUUGGUCACAACCAGGCUGUUAUCCUGGUUUUAUCUGAGCCACAGUUUUGAGUUGGCUAGGGAAAGCAGGUGUUUAUUUGUUUGUUUCUCAACAUUUCUUUUUUAGAUGCAACUCCCGUCUACUCCUACCCUUGUGCACGCACACGCAUGUAUUGGCCUUCCAGUGCUCAACAUUCCUCUUUCCUUUAUGCAAUGUUUUUCAUCCUGUACAGGAUAAAACCAUUUUUAGUGGAUAGAAGAAAAUCUGUUGCUUUGUUCUGAUAUUUUGUUUCAGUUUUAGUUCAUUCUAAAUAUUUUACAUGUCUUAAAUAGUUUGUUUCCUACUUGUUACGGUCAUUUUUCUUCCUCCACUAAUUAAGUGCAACGUGAAGUUAUCCGGUCUAUUCAUUUCUUAAGAUUCUCUCUUUGCUCAGUUGCUUAAGUCUUUUUAUGUAUUUCUUGUCUUGAAGCCACUAAUUUAGCUAAUGCUAGUAAAAUUCCUCCAGGGAUGAAGUUAUAUUCUGAUAUCUUCAGGAGACACGAACCACUCGAGUUUCCUCUUUCAACGUGGAGACGACAGACACAAAGAGGAACCGAGGAGGCCAAUAUGUACUUCUAAAGAAAAUUAUGUUUUAACGUGGAAGAAUCGAUGUACAUACCCUGUUUUGGAACAGAAGGCACUCGGCAGCAGCAUGUGAUGGCCUCUUCGGCUUAGCUAUACAUUUCUUUUGUGAUGAACUGUUAGCAUCAUAUUUGUUGCUGCUAGUUAACAACAGUAGCACGACUGUAGACUGUUUGAUGGUUUCCAGUCUUUUAUGUGAUUUGUUUAUGUCUCAACUUGCUUUUGUUUUUGACGAUUGUAACAAACUUCUAGGUUAAGGUUCAUAGGCAUCCAACUGAUACCUACUGAUAAUUUGUUUUUUUUUAAACUAACUUUUUAAGCCCAGUCAAAGAAAUGUAACAUUCCACGCUUUACUUUCAAACCCAUUCGAAGAAAUGAAAA